UUCUCGGAUUGCAAACAACCUCAGACAUGAGUCCUCAUCGCCAAUACCUCCAAGCGGCUGCCGUGAUGGCCCUGGUGUGUGUGGCGACAGCAGGAGGUGGCGUAGGUAGAAGGGUCGCGGGGCACAGUGGCAGCGUCAGCGUUAAGAGCAUAGUCCCCGCUGUCCUCGUGGCCCAGGCCACCGACUCCACCCGCCCUAGCUCCUCCUUCAGAUCCGGGUCCUUUGGAAGGAACAACUUCGGCUUCGCUGGCAGCUCUGGCUUUGGCCAUGGCCAAGCCGGUAACGCCGGCUUUGGCCCUGCUUUUGCCUCUGGCCCGGCUGGAAGGACUAGCUUUAACCAAGGGUUUGUAGGAAACACUGGCUUUGCUAGCGCUUCUAGCUUUGGCUCUGGAGUAGGCUCCAAUGCCAACUUUGGUUUUGGCCCUGCGAACUUUGCCACUGUUCCUGUUGGUGGUGCCAGCUUCCGUUCUGGAUCCGUUGGUGGUGCCAACUUUGGCUUUGGAGCUGGUCGCCCCAACUUUGCUUCAGGCGCCAACUUUGCAUCGGGCGCUAAUUUUCCAUCUGGCGCCAACUUUGCAUCAGGCGCUAAUUUUGCACCAGGUGCUAACUUUGGCUUCCGAGCUAACCAAGCCGUCAAUAGCAACUUCAGAAACUCCAACUUCGGCGCCGGUCAACCUGGCUUUGGCUUCGGUUCCUCUGGCAACUUCGGCGCCGGUCAGCCUGGCUUUGGCUUCGGUUCCUCUGGCAACUUCGGCGCUGUGAACAACUUCCAGCAAGCACGAACCCGUUCCUUCGGACACCACUGAUCAGCGACCAAGCA